GUUUAUACGUAGAUUUUCAGAUUUUAGCAUUAAAUUACACAAUAAAAAUGAGUAUAUAAAAUGAAAUGAUGGUUGUGGUUUACCAUGGCACCACUCACUUUUUAAUCUGGCUUUGUUAUGCUUUUUUAACUUAUGAUGCCAUAGCAUCUUUAGAAGUUAAAGAUAAUGUAUCCCUUCCAUUGCUUAUUAAUGCAAGUAGCAGUCAUUCAAUUUUUGUUGAAGAAGCCUCCAAAUUGCAAUGCAUAAUAAGUUUUGCUUCUGUAAUCAAGUGGGAGACACUCAAUAAUGAAAUCACUGAAAACAUAACUAAAACAGAUCUUGAAAGCAAUUUUUCCAUAAGUAAUUUAGUAGUAUAUCCUUUAAAAAAUACAGAUUACUUCUGCGUUGGCAUGAAUGAAUAUGGAAAUGUUUCUUACAAAAUCUCAGUCACAGUUAUAGAUCGUUCUACUCCUGUGCAACUUACAAUAAAACAUAAAUCUUCUGAUAGCAUUACAAUAGGUUGGAAAAAUGACCAGUCACAUGUUACUAAAUUUUAUUCGAUAUCUUACAAGCUAUUAAAUAGUUUAAAUUUUACAUAUGUUAAUGCUUCUUUUGAGAGUACAAACUACACAAUAAGCAACUUAGUUCCAUAUUCCAAUUAUACUGUUAAUGUAAACCAAGUGUUUGAAGGAGGUGUUAAUGGUCAAGUAAGCAGUAUUACAGUUGAAACAGAUCAGUCAGCUCCAGAUGCACCAGAAUAUCUUGAAGUAAAAAAAUCAUCCACAUCUAUCAUUGUGGAGUGGAAAAGACCGAAAGUUUUAAAUGGAGUUAUCACAAAAGUUCUUCUCAUUUAUAUGUUUAACAUUAGUAACAAUUUAAGUAAUAUCACUAAAAAAGAAAUAAAUGAUUCUUCUCCAUACGAAAUAGUUGGUUUGCUUCCUAAUACAUUGUAUAAAAUCAGUAUAAAAUACAAAACAGUAGUUUAUGGAAAUGCAGCUACCAUAUUUGCUAAAACUGAAUUUGGAGAGCCUCAAAUAGCACCUGAAGGGUUUUCAAUUUAUAAUCGAACAGCUUCAACAGUUUAUCUCAAAUGGCAAGAAGUUCCUCUGUAUUUGAGUGGAGGAGGUCUUACUGGUUACUCUCUUGUUUUCCAACCAUUCAAAACUUUAUUUGUUAACACCUCUUUUUCUUUUCUUAUUGAAAAUGAAAUAGGAACUUUAGCGACAAAUUUAAAUCCUUUUACUAACUAUUCUGUUAUAUUGAGAGCUGUCACUAAUCAAUUUAAAGGACCACCUGCUCAGCUAUCGUUUUCUACACUCGAAGGAGUACCCUCUGCUCCACAAAAACUCGAAUUUUCAUCAGAGGUUAACGAGGAUGAUAUAUUUACUCCAAAAGUUAUUAUUACGUGGCAUCCUCCAACAUUUUGUAAUGGAAUCCUAACAGAAUAUCUAAUUAGCUUUUGGAAAAAAUAUUUAUGCACAAAACGUUUGUGCACACGUGAAAAACAUUUUUCUAAAAAGAACACUGAAAAUGGUACAAUUAACGAUGCUAAAGCAAUCCGUCAUCAUCUUAUUCUUCAAAAGUUAGAUUCAUACAGUGUGUAUGAGUUUGAAGUUCAAGAAAAAACUGGGGGAGGUUGGGGUGAAUCAUCCACAACAUUAAUACGAACAAAACCAGGCAAAGCAACUCCACCUGUUGGUUUAACCAUGACUACAUCGAGUCACAAUUCAAUUACAUUAUCAUGGUCUCCACCUGAACAUGUUAAUGGAGAUAUAUUGUUUUAUGAAGUUAAUUUAUUUUCCAGUAACAAUGAAUUAGUUAGAACAAUCCGGCAUCGUGUUUCUGAGCUGCUAGAAAACUCAGAAGAAAAAACCAUUCUUGAUAUAACACAGCUAAAAAGUGAAACUCAAUAUAUUGUGAAGGUUGCUGCUAACAAUGAAUACACUGGUUCUUAUAGUGAGCUGAUUAUUUCUACCCAAAAAACUCCUUCAAUCUUAGAUAAACCAUGGAUGUUUGCUUUGAUUGGUUUCUUAGCCAUUGUUUUACUGGCCGCCCUCAUUAUGAUUGUUAUACUUGUAUCAAGAAGACAGAAUAAAUACAAAAAUGUACGAACAGAUGAUAUUGAAAUUGAUAUGUGCAUACGUAGUAAACCAAUUAUGAAAGAUUUUCUGAAAGAAUAUUGCGUUCAGCAACAUGCAAACAGUGAUCAUGGUUUUCAACAAGAAUACGAGUUGUUAAAAUCAUAUCCACAUAAUUUUACAUGGGAACACAGCCAGAUGCCUUAUAAUCAACCCAAAAACAGAUACAGCAAUAUAGUAGCAUAUGAUCACUCAAGAGUUAUAUUGUCUGAACUGAAUAAUGAUGCAAGUACAACAUAUAUCAAUGCAAGUUAUAUUGAUGGUUAUAAAAAACCAAAGGCUUUUAUUGCUACCCAAGGUCCAUUGCCAGAGACUGUGAUUGACUUUUGGAGAAUGAUAUGGGAAACAGAAAGUUCAAUAAUAGUUAUGCUUACGAACCUUGUUGAAGAUAGCAGGAUAAAGUGUGAGCAAUAUUGGCCAGAAGGAAAAGGACUUCAAUAUAAAGACAUUGUUGUUACUGUUGAUUCAGUUCGUGAAAUGACUGACUACACUGUCAGAAUAUUUACUUUGCAAAAGUUUAAAUGUCCAGAACUUGGUACACGUCAAGUGCGACAGUAUCAUUUUACCACAUGGCCUGACCAUGGUGUUCCAUCUCAUCCUACAUCAGUUCUUUCCUUUACACGUCAUGUAAUGAGUUACAUGGAUACUUUGCCUCGUGCUGAAUGUGUUGUUCAUUGCUCGGCUGGUGUUGGGCGUACUGGAACAUUUAUUGCUAUUGAAAUAGGUUUACGCCAACUUGAAGCAGAAAAUAAAGUUGAUGUAUUUGGCUCAGUAUUUGCAAUGAGAGCACAACGAAAUUUUAUGGUGCAGACAGAGCUUCAAUACACUUUUAUAUACGAUGCCUUGUUAGACAGUGUUGUAUGCGGAAAUACAGAGAUUGCUCCAGCUGAUCUGCCUGCCAAAAUAAGGUUUCUUAAUGAACAAGAUCCUGAAACUAAUGCAUCAAAUUUUGCUUCUGAGUUUAAACGAUUAGAAUCUGGAAUUGCACCAGGUGAUUCUAACCAAUAUACUGAUGCUGCUCAUCAUGAAAAUAAGCAGAAAAACAGAUACCUAAAUAUAUUACCAUAUGACAAAAACAGAGUUAGACUUAUUCCAAUUGCUGGCAGUCGACAAUCUGAUUAUAUCAAUGCAAGCGUAAUCGAUGGUUUUCAGCAAAAAAAUGCUUUUAUUGCAGCUCAAGCUCCCCUUGAGAAUACAGUGAAAGACUUUUGGCGAAUGAUUUUAGAGAAGAAAAUUCAAACUAUUGUUAUGCUUACAAAACUGGAAGAAAAGGGACAGGAAAAGUGUUAUUUGUACUGGCCUCAGGCUGGCUCAGUUGCUUAUGGCUCAGUAAGUGUCGAGCUCUUGAAUGUGAAAAAAGAUGAUGAUUAUUUGGUGACUCAUGAGUUGCGGCUAACUAAUCAAGAGACUGGUCGAUCUUGGAUCAUUACACAUUUUUGGUUCUUGGGAUGGCCUGACUAUGGUUCUCCAGAAUCUGGCUCAGAGCUUAUACAACUUAUCGGCUCAGUUCAAAAAUCAAAAAAAUCAACUUUAGAAUCUGGACCCAUACUUGUACAUUGCAGUGGUGGAGUUGGGCGUACAGGUGUUCUCAUGGCUGUUAUGAAUUCUAUUGAACGGCUAAAAGUAAAGGGUGUUGUUGACAUUUUUCAAACUAUUCGAGCUUUAAGAUUACAAAGAACAGCAAUGGUUCAAACUGUGGAUCAAUACAUGUUUUGUUAUCAAGCUUUAAAAGAUUACCUUGACUCGUUUGAUUUGAUUGCUGUUGCUAAAUGUUAAUUUUUAAUAUACUUAAUAAAAUUAAAAAAAAAAAAACUGAUUACAAAAGAAUUUACCACUAUCGUUGAACUAAUGGUCAGAAUAAUGUAAGAAUGAAUUCAAUGUUGAAUAAUCUUGUCCUAUAUUAUUUUACAAACUUUAAUUACGACAAGGUAUUUAAGUACUGCUAAAAAAAAAGGAACACAGAAGAUUAAGAACUAGACGAUAUGUUUGGUUAGUUAGAAAUCGAUAAAAGAUUAUAAAAUAACUAAAUAA